CCGCUAUAGAGCAUGGAUGUACUUGCAGCUGAAACGGAAGUACUGUUACUGUGUUGCAUUUUGAUUGGACAGCCGCCUCGACGCAGUGUGGCGCCUGCUUGGAUUGAUCCAUGCUAACAAAUUCCCUUUGUUGUGAUUAACCGUUCAGCGGUUGUGAUUCUGCUGUAAUAACUUAUAUUAAGGAAGUUGCUGUUGCGAAAACCUAGAGGAUGAGUGGCGGAGUGUAUGGAGGCGAUGAAGUGGGAGCUUUGGUGUUCGACAUUGGCUCAUACACUGUAAGAGCUGGCUAUGCAGGAGAAGACUGUCCCAAGGCGGAUUUCCCCACGGUGAUAGGUGUGACCCUUGACAGAGAGGAUGGCAGCACACCCAUGGAGACGGAUGGUGACAAGCCGAGCAAGCAGAGUGGCACCACCUACUUCAUUGAUACCAACCAGCUGAGGGUACCCAGGGAGAGCAUGGAGGUCAUGUCUCCGCUCAAGAAUGGCAUGAUUGAGGACUGGGACAGUUUCCAGGCCAUUUUGGAUCACACCUACAAGAUGCACUUCAAGUCUGAACCCAGCCUGCAUCCAGUGCUCAUGUCAGAAGCAUCGUGGAACACACGAGCGAAACGAGAGAAACUAACAGAGCUGAUGUUCGAACAUUACAACAUUCCUGCCUUCUUCCUCUGCAAAUCCGCUGUGCUAUCUGCCUUUGCCAAUGGGCGGUCUACAGGCUUGGUCCUUGACAGCGGAGCCACACACACCACAGCAAUUCCAGUGCACGAUGGCUACGUCCUGCAGCAAGGCAUCGUCAAAUCGCCCCUGGCUGGAGACUUCAUGAGCAUGCAGUGUCGGGAGCUUUUUCAAGAGUUAAAUGUUGAAAUAAUCCCCCCUUACAUGAUUGCAUCAAAGGAUGGAGUGCGAGAGGGAUCACCGGCCAGCUGGAAGAAAAAGGAGAAACUACCUCAGGUCACCCGCUCAUGGCACAACUACAUGUGCAAUUGUGUGAUCCAGGACUUCCAGGCAUCUGUGCUGCAGGUGUCAGACUCGCCAUAUGAUGAACAGGUAGCCGCACAGAUGCCCACAGUGCACUAUGAGCUGCCUAACGGCUACAACUGUGACUUUGGGGCUGAAAGGCUGAAGAUCCCAGAGGGGCUGUUUGAUCCCUCUAAUGCCAAGGGCCUGUCUGGAAACACCAUGUUGGGAGUCGGCCACGUGGUGACGACCAGUGUUGGAAUGUGUGACAUUGACAUCCGGCCGGGUCUGUAUGGCAGUGUGGUGGUGACUGGAGGAAACACACUCAUUCAGGGCUUCACAGACCGACUAAACCGAGAACUCUCCCAGAAAACCCCUCCGAGCAUGAGGCUGAAGCUGAUAGCCAACAAUACUACAGUGGAGCGCCGGUUCAGUGCCUGGAUAGGAGGCUCCAUCCUGGCGUCACUCGGAACCUUCCAGCAGAUGUGGAUCUCCAAACAGGAGUACGAAGAAGGAGGAAAGCAGUGUGUAGACAGGAAGUGCCCUUGAUUUGACACCCAACCCCACCCUGUCCAUCACCCUCUUUGCCACAAGCUCAACAUCAUGAGACGCACCUCUGACCCUGGACUCCGGAACACCCACGGAUGAUUUUUUUUAAUUUUUUUUUUUUAAAUAGUUUGUCUGGGAUUUGUGAAGAGAAGACAAACCUAUACAAAGUAAACUGUUACUAUGAUGAAAUGGGGUUUAAGUUCCUUUGUUUAUGUCAUUAGUCAGUCAGUCUGUUGCCUUAUCUUUAGAUUGUUGGGAAUUUUGUGGAAACCUUGCAUCUUCAAAAAGUUUUUCUGGAAUCCACAAAAGCUUGAUCCUAAUGUAUUUUCUUGGUCCCCCCACUUUAGAAGUAGUCCGACAUGUCCUGACGAUCAUAAAAUACCAGCGCGUUGGUCCUAAAUGACGUUUUUGAGCACAACCACAGUAUAAAGCUAAUCAGAGGCAAAGGACAGUCAGUUCUCGCCUCUGCUUUUUGGUGUCAACUCAAAUCUGUAUUUAAUUUUCACUUUGCUUGUCAUUAGCUACAUAUGGUCUUUUAGAAAAAUAAAGUCAGUUUUUGUUAAA